AUGCAGGCUCUCCCCGCCGCGCUGCGGUGGCUGCUGGCCGGCUUGCUGCUGCUGACCGGCUGCGUCUGGGUCGCGUCGUCGGAGCCGCCGCCAGGCAGCGCCGUAGUCGCCUUGCCCUGGGCGCUGGAGGCGGCCCCUGUCGUGGUGGCGAACCGCGGACUGCGGGUGCCCCUCGGCCGCUCCGCCUGGUUGGACCCCACGCGGGACCUGGUGCUGCAGGUGCAGCCAGGUGACCGGUGCUACCUCACCGUGCUGGACGAAGACCCGCUGUGGCAGCGCCCGGGCCGGCUGAGCCCCCGGCGCUUCCCCUGCGACUUCGGGGCCCGUGAGGUGCAAUACUCCCACCUGGGCGGCCGCAGCCCUGCGCGGGACCGCGUCCGCCUGCAGCUGCGCUACGACUCGCCGAGCCGCGCCCUGGUGCUGCCCCUGGUGCUGGAGGUGGAGGUGCUCUUCACCCAGCUGGAGAUCGUCACCCGCAACCUGCCCCUCACUGUGGAGCGCCUGCGGGGCACCAGCAACCCGCUGGACGCUCGCAGCCUGGAGUUCGCCUUCGAGCCGGGCCGGCAGCGCUGCCGGGUGGGCCUGCUGCCGCCGCUGGCCGGGCUGCCCCGCUACGGAGAGAUCCUCAACUAUCCCGCGGCGGCGGCUCCGGCGGCUGCGGCCGCCGCGGGUGGGGAGGCAGCGGCGGGCGGCCCGGUGCCCGCCUCGAUGUGGGACUGUGAGGAGUUCCUGCGCCUGGGGCUGCGCUACCGGCACACGGCCACCGGCGGCUCCCCCAACCGUGACCUGGUGCCGCUGGUGGCAGAGCUGCGGGAGGCGGCAGGCGGUGGGGCACUGCUGAAGCGUGAGUACUUCCAGGUGCUGGUGCGGAUCCGGGCCGGGACUGAGAAUGCGGCCCCCAAACCCAGCUUCUUUGCCAUGCUCAUGAUGGAGGUUGACCAGUUUGUCCUCACCGCGCUCACACCCGACAUGCUGGCAGCUGAGGAUACCGAGUCAUCACCAGACCUGCUGCUCUUCAACAUCACCUCUCCCUUUAGCCCUGGCCAGGGCCACAUGGUCAGCACAGAUGACCGGAGCUUGCCAGUUUCUUCUUUCAGCCAACGGGAUGUAAGGGAGCUGCGCAUUGCCUACCAGCCCCCCAUGGAGGACUCAGAUCAGGAGCGGCUCUUUGAGCUUGAGCUGGAGGUGUUGGACCCAGAGGGUGCUGCCUCAGAGCCCUUCACCUUUGUGAUUGUGGUGAAGCCCAUGAACACCCUGGCACCUGUGGUGACCCGUAACACUGGCCUUGUGCUCUAUGAGGGGCAGUCACGGCCUCUCUCAGGCCCUGGUCCCAACCCCAACUUGGUGAUCAGUGAUGAGGAUGACCUUGAGCAGGUGCAGGUGAGCGUGGUGGCAGGGCUAAGGCAUGGCCACCUCACUCUCCUCGAGGACACCGCAGCACCUGCUGCCCCUCGUAAGCAUUUCACAGUGGCUGAGCUGGCAGCAGGCCGGGUCAUUUACCAGCACGAUGGCAGCGAGUCUCCACUCAGUGACAACCUGGUGCUGCGGCUGGAAGAUGGUGGCUCUCGCCAUCGUGUUGAGUUCCUUUUCCCAAUUACCGUCAUGCCCACUGAUGACGAGCCACCCCUACUCAAUGCUAACACAGGCCUGGCCAUGGCUGAGGGUGAAACAGUGCCCAUCACCACCCGUGCUCUUAGUGCCACUGACAUUGACUCUCAGGAUGCCAUCCUGCUCUUCACAGUGGAGUCUGGCCCCACUGCAGGGCAGCUCCUCCUCCGUCAAGCACAACCACCUCCUGGCUGGGAAGAGGAGGAAGAAGAUGAGGGAUUUUCUUGGAGGAGGGUGCCAGGUUUAGCAGGGAGCUCUGUAAUCUAUGAAAAGCCAGUGAGAGAGUGGUUGCAGCAGGAUAUUGUUGAAGGGCGUCUCUAUUAUCACCACUUUGGGCCUCACAGCCCUGGCCCUGGGGUUGUGUUGGACCAGUUCGUCUUUAGAGUCCAGGAUGACAAUGACCCACCCAACCGCUCUGGACCACAAACUUUUGUGAUCCGGGUUCAUCCCAUAGACAGAUUAGCCCCUGAACUGCAUAGCAGCAGCAGCCUGCACUUAAUAGUUGCAGAGCAGCAGGUGACCCCGCUGCGGAGGAAGCACUUGUGUUACACAGAUCAGGAUUCAGGGGAUCGUGAAAUCCACUACACAAUAACUCAGCCCCCCACUGACACUAACCAUCCUCCAGAUGUAUAUGGAGCCCGCCUUGGAUCCCUUGUGCUGACCGAGGAUCACACUGUGGAAGUUACCCACUUCACCCAAGCCCAGAUCAAUCAUCACAAGAUCUCGUACCGUCCCCCACAGGAAGAACUGGGGGUGGCUCCUCAUUUGAUUCAGUUUCAAUAUCGAGUGCAAGAUGCAGCUGGCAAUGCAGCUGAAGGGACUUUCACCAUCUAUCUGCGGCCUGUGGAUAACCAGCCUCCUGAAAUCACUAAUACUGGCUUCACUUUGCCUGAGGGAGGCAGCCAUGUCCUUAGUCCCACUGAGCUGGAUGCCAGUGACACGGACACUGAACUUGCCCAUCUCAGAUUUAUCCUGACCCAGGCUCCUCGUUAUGGCCAGUUGCAACUUUCUGGAUACAGUUUGAUUCCGGGAGGUGUCUUUGGUCUGGAUGAUAUCAGACAAGGGAGGGUGGUGUAUGUGCACAGUGGAGCUGAGACCAACAGUGAUACCUGCAGGCUUGAUGUGAGUGAUGGGGUUCAUUUUGUGCCCAUCACAUUGAAAAUGAACGUACACCCAGUUGAUGAUGAGGUUCCUACACUACGGUUGCCCCCAGGCACUGUUGGUUCCUACCUGGAUGUGCUGGAGAAUGGUGCUGCAGAAAUCACUGCUAAUGUCAUUCAGGGCACAGAUGAGGAUACAGAUGACUUAAUGUUGACUUUCAUUGUAGAGGAUCCUCCUCAGCAUGGGAACAUCCUGGUCCAAGGGGUGCCUGCAGAGAGAUUUUCCCAGAGAGAUCUGCUGGAUGGUGGUGUGGUAUAUGUUCACACUGGUGGUGAAAUAGGCCUUCUGCCCAAAUUAGAUACCUUCAAUCUUACCUUGUCUGACCUGUCUGAGGAGUGGAAUGUCAGGGGCAAUGUUGUUCAAGGAGUUUCAGUCUUGGUGACCAUUCUUCCUGUUGACAGUCAAGCCCCAGAGAUUUUUGUGGGGGAGCAGUUCAUGGUAAUGGAAGGUGGAAAACAGGUCAUUACUCCUGCUCACCUCAGGGCUGAAGAUGUGGAUACUCCUAAUGAUGAUAUACUUUGCACCAUUGUUGCUCAGCCCACAUCUGGGUAUGUAGAGAACAUAUCUCCAGCCCCAGGAUCUGAAAAAUCCAGAGCAGGUGUAGCUAUAAGUGCUUUUACCUUGAAAGACCUCCGUCAAGGGCAUAUUUUUUAUGUCCAAAGUAUACAUAAGGGUGUUGAGCCUGUUGAAGACAGAUUUGCUUUCCGCUGUUCUGAUGGCAUUAACUUUUCCCCAAAGCAUUUUUUCCCCAUUGUUAUUAUGCCAAUCAAUGAUGAAGAGCCUGAAAUCUUUGUGCGAGAGUUUGUUGUGAUGGAAGGCAUGAGCCUGGUUGUCGAUACCCCUAUUCUCAAUGCAGCUGAUGCAGACAUCCCUGCUGAUGAAUUAAUGUUCACAGUCACCAGGCUUCCCAGGCAUGGCCACAUUGUGAACCAGCUGGUGAACGGAACUGUCCUAGUGGAGAGCUUCACCUUGGAUCAGAUAACAGAGAGCUCCAACAUACUGUAUGAACAUGAUGACUCUGAGACAAAGGAGGACAGUUUUGAGGUAACACUCACAGAUGGUAAACAUACCAUUAGGAAAACAGUAUUCAUCAUGGUUAUUCCUGUAGAUGAUGAGACACCCAGAAUGGCCAUCAAUGAUGGUUUGGAGAUUGAAAUAGGGGAAACUAGAACUAUUCAUAACAGAAUAUUGAAGGCUACUGACCUGGAUUCUGAAGACAAAACCUUGACAUACAUUAUAAGAUAUGGGCCAGGACAAGGCCUCCUGCAGAGAAUCAAGCCUUCAGGUGGAGUUGAGAAUAUCACCCUCGGGAUGAACUUCACCCAAGAUGAAGUGGAUAGAAACUUAAUUCAGUAUAUGCAUUUUGGCCAAGGGGGAGUUCGUGAUCUUAUCAAGUUUGAUGUGACAGAUGGAAUAAAUCCACUCAUUGACCGCUACUUUUAUGUCACAAUAGGUAGCAUUGAUGUUGUCUUCCCAGAUGUAAUCAGCAAAGGAGUUUCUUUGAAGGAAGGAGGGAAGGUAACUCUAACUACUGAUUUGCUUAGCACCAGUGACCUGAAUAGUCCAGAUGAGAACUUAGUUUUCACUAUUACCAGAGCACCUGUUCGUGGUCAUCUUGAAUGCACAGAUCAGCCUGGGGUACCCAUCUCCACUUUUACUCAACUCCUAUUAGCAGGCAAUAAAGUCUAUUACAUCCACACUUCAGAAGAUGAGGUGAAAAUGGACAGCUUUGAGUUUGAGGUGACUGAUGGCUAUAAUCCUGUGUUUCGUACUUUCAGGAUUUCUAUCAGCGAUGUGGACAAUAAGAAACCUGUCGUCACAAUCCACAGCCUGGUGGUGAGUGAAAAUGAAUGCAAACUGAUAACCCCAUUUGAACUGACUGCAGAAGACAGAGAUACACCUGAUGCAUUGCUAAAAUUUAUCAUCACUCAAAUACCAGUUCAUGGUCAGAUCAUGUUCAAUAACUCCAAACCGGUCACCAUCUUCACUAAACAAGAUCUAAACGAAAAUCUAAUCAGCUACAAACAUGAUGGCACAGAAUCAGUUGAGGAUAGCUUCUCUUUCACUGUUACAGAUGGCACUCAUACUGAUUUCUACGUCUUCCCCAAUACCGUGUUUGAAACAAGGAAACCUCAGACUAUGAAGAUUCGAAUAAUGGCUGUGGACAACAGUGUACCUCAAAUUGUAAUAAAUAAGGGUGCUCAGACUCUCCGUAUUCUGGCCACAGGUCACAUCGGGUUUCUGAUUACCAACAAGGUGCUCAAAGUGGAAGACAGGGACAGUUUACAUGUUACUCUUAAGAUCAGAAUCACAGAGGGUCCACGCCACGGCUUCCUGAUCCAUCUGGGGAAAGGCAACCAUAGCAUCAGUCAGUUCACCCAAGCUGAUAUUGAUGACAUGAAGAUAUGCUAUGUUUUACGAGGGGGUGACAAUGCCACCAGUGACAUUUUUCAUUUCAUGGUUGAAGAUGGUGGUGAGUAUUCAUAA